UAUGCCGGCUUAAAAAAAUUAUACCUAUAGAAUUAACAAACGUGAAUAUAGGAGACUUCCAUUUUUAUAUUCAUGUCUUAGUGUACAGUUUUUAACAACAAAAAUUAUAAACCUGACCAAUUUUUAAACCACUUUAAACGAACGUGGAACGUGUUCAUGUAUUUUUUAAGGAAGUAUUGUUAUGGUCUGCGUUGUAAGGAAGCACCCCGAAGAAAACUGUCAGCUUUCUUGUAAUAGGGGAAGUUGGGGGAAUACCGGCCACCGGGGUAAUUCCGGCCCCCUUAACUGCUCUUUCAUUAUAGACGCUUCAGUCAGUUGAGCAAUUGGAGCCAUCUAUAGGAUGGUAGCAUAGUUAUAACCUAAAGUCUUAAUAGGAUUGCAAAACAAUCGUGGAAGUAACGGCCGAUAAACUAAACUUGCCUAAACCGAUGUAUAAAAGUUUAUUGUUUAGAACUGAAUUGCGCCCAAACUGUUAUAGUAUAAUCAUCCAUAGUUGUUGAGAGUGUUCAAGUGAUUUUCCUGAGCCAGAGGAAUAAUCAUGCCCCGCAAUUACUCCAGAAAAACAGAUAGAGCAUCUUGGACUGAAAUUGCAUUAAAACAGGCCAUACACGACAUUAACAAAGGGACACCAGUUAGAGAAGCCGCUAGAGUAUAUGGGAUUCCCAGAAGCACGCUUCAAACAAAAUUGAAACGAAAGAUUAAAGAACCUUCAACGUUAGGUCGACCACCUGUAUUUUCAAAAGAGGAAGAAAAAGAAUUAGCUGACCGAAUAAUUCAUUUAUGUAAAUUGUUUUUUGGGUUGACAAGAGAAGAAGUAAAAAAAUGCGCCUUCGAUUAUGCAAAUAAAAACAGUUUAAAAUGUCCUUUUAACACAAAUAAGCGACGUGCUGGAGAUGAUUGGCUCUAUGGCUUUUUAUCAAGACACCCAGAGAUUUCCUUAAGAACGCCAGAAGCGACAAGUAUAAAUAGGGUUAAAGCGUUUAAUAAAAAAGAAGUUUCAAUAUUUUACAAUAAUUUAGAACAACUUUUAAAUAAUUACAGUUUUACUGCUAACAGAAUUUUCAAUACAGAUGAAACAGGAAUAUCAACUGUACAAUCUCCAGGCAAAGUUUUGGCUAAAAAAGGCACCAAACAAGUUGGGUACUUAACAAGCUGGGAAAGAGGCAAAAAUAUAACGGUUGUUUGCGCAUUUAGCGCAUCCGGAAUGUAUGUUCCCCCAAUGUUUAUUUUCCCCCGUAAGAGAUUGAAUCCACUGCUCGGAAAAGGAGGUCCACCAGGGGCUGCUUAUCGAUGUUCAGAGAGUGGAUGGAUUAAUGAGGAACUUUUUUUUCAAUACCUGAAACACUUCCAAAACUUUGUCAAACCGAGUCUUGAAGAUCCUGUCCUACUUGUUAUGGAUAAUCAUACUACACAUUCGACUCUGCAAAUUUAUGACUUUUGUAAAGCAAAUGGAAUUGUUCUCUUGACUAUACCUCCACACACUUCACACAAAUUACAGCCUUUAGACGUUACCUUUUAUAAAUCGCUUAAAACUGGGUUUAACGAGGAGUGUAAUAAAUACCUAAAAUGUCAUCCACAUCAGAAAAUUACUCCAUUUGAGGUUGCGGAACUAUUUAAUAAAGCGUUUAUGAGAGUCGCAACUCCACAGAAAGCGGUAAAUGGAUUCGAACACACUGGAAUUUUUCCAUACAAUCCAGACGUCUUUUCCCCUGAAGAUUUUACACCGGCACAGAUAUACAAAUCACAUGAACCAGACAUACGUGAAGCAGAAGAAUCUGCAGAAAUCAUUAGACAUUCCUCGCCAGAGCUUACACUGAUGGGGGAAUCCAUUAGGCAUUCAACUCCUGAACCGACAUCUAGUCUUGUGCCUGGUACUUCGGAACAUUUGUCAUUUACAGAGAUGCUACCGACCCCUGUAGCUAAAAAUUUAGGGACUCGAAAAAAUUCAAAAGCAGUUCAUUCAGAGAUAAUCACUUCAACGCCAAAUAAACAGAAUUUAAUACUGAAAGAAGACAGAAGAUUGAAGAAACUUGAAAGGUCCAAGAAUAAGGAGAAGAAACUCAGCAGUGUCAAAAAACAGGUUUUUUCCAACAAGGAAUCCAAACUCUCAACCAAACAAGCAAGUUCAAAAAUGUCGCAUGUGGAUAUAUGCCUUGUGUGUGGAGAAUUUGGUAAAAAUGGGGAAUUGUGGUUACGCUGCAUUAUAUGUGGAGAAUGGGCACACAAAGCGUGCACCGAUCAAACCCAAGCCCACACACAAUACAUUUGCGAUCAUUGUUGCUAACUUAUUACAGGCUGCACUGAAGUCCGGCUGAUAUUACCCCGAUGGGCGGGGGAAUAUUGGCCAA